GGUUAAUUGGUUAGAUAAAAAUUUGGUUAAAAAAAAUUCGGUUAGGCAGAUUUUCACUUGCAUUGCAAUUAGGCGCCAACAAAUGCCAGAAAUAAUUUCUUUGAAAUUUUCAAUGUGAUAAGUGAUAACAAUUAAAACGUUUUUGAAAUGCAUAAGUAAAAUUUUCUUAUUUAAUGAUUAAACUACCAAUUCUUAGACAUUUUCUGAUUAGUGUGGUGCAUGAAAGUGAGGUUAUAAAGUUUUUCUGCUGGAGUGAUUAAAAAUGCAACAUCAACGUUUAUCUCGUGAGUUAGCCAAAAUAUCAAACUCUCCCCCUGUGGGUAUAAGUGUGUCAUCAAAAGACGAUAAGCUAAAUGUGCUGGAAGCCCAAAUUGUUGGCCCUGAUAACACCCCAUACAAAAAUGGAAUAUUUAAAUUGGAAAUUUUAAUUCCUGAGAAGUACCCUUUCAUUCCACCUUCAAUCAAAUUUACUACAAAAGUGUAUCAUCCAAACAUUGAUGACAACGGAAGAAUUUGUCUAGAUUUAAUAAAAAUGCCACCAAAGGGCAACUGGAGGCCCACUAUAGGAUUAGAAGGUUUGUUAAUAGCCAUAAGAAUGCUUUUAGAAACUCCAAAUCCAGAGGAUCCUUUGAUGGCCGAAAUCGCAGAAGAGUACAGAAACAUGAAUUCUGAAUUUGUUAAAAAAGCACAAUCAUAUACACAAAAAUACGCUUCAUAGUUUAAUAAAUAAAUAAGUUUCCAGCUAAAA